AAAAAACCCCCUUAUCCUCAACCCAACCAUGUUCUUGACCUAAUCCUAAAGUCUAUACUUAACCAUGGUUACUUAAUGAUGGAAGCUAUAAAUAAGGAUAUGACCAUCUCUCAUGCCCUAAUUAUUCCCUAUUUUACACCCACAAAGGGGGAAAAAGAAAAGAAAACGGGAGAAUAGGGAGAGGGUAGAGAAAAAGGCCAAAUCCAACUCAAUGGGCGGUCAAGGCGGUCACUUGAGGUGUGUCCUUAGGAACCCACCACCAAAGGGAAAAAAAAAAUACUGGUAAGUCUCUGCCUCUCUUCUCUCGUCUUUACUUGUAGAAAAAUACGCAUUGAUUCAGUGUAUCGAGAUUUUGAAGCUGAGGGGUCUGCGUCUGUUCAAAACCUUAAUUAUGGCCCUAACCUAACAAACAAAACCCCUCUUUUCUCUCACGUAUAAAAUCUGCAAUUAAAUAAAAUGCGGGAACGACUACAUUUUUUCAUGGGUUUCAAAACCCUAGAUCAGUUAUUUUCCCGCCAAAAAGCCCUCUUGGAGGAUGGGAAGCCUGGAACUGUUUCGUUAAUCGGAGUCUCUCUCUCCAUCUAAGAAUCUAAAAUUUGAGCUGCUCACUUUUUUUUUUUUUUGGUUUAGGUAAAUGUAAUGUAUGGUUGUGUUUUGAAAAAUAAGCAAAUCCAAGGUUACCAGAGUUGGUUGUUAUAGGUUUUGAAAUCGCAAUACAUGGCAGGAUGGUCGGCGAUAGCUGAUGGUUCUGCUCGAGAUUGUGCCAAAACCCCAGAAAGAAGGCUUCUGCUAAACGGGGUGUUGGUCGAUCUGGAGCCGCCUUCUUCUGGGUCUGUCUCGGAGGUCCACGUUGAUAAGGCUAAGCUUCGAAAGCUGUUUGACCGAAUUCUUCCGUCUUUUCUCAAGAGGAUAGGUGCUCCACAUGCAUUUUGGCCUCUCCCUCCUUUGCUUGGAGAUGGACAUACCGUGGAUUUGUUUAGACUCUUCGUGGUUGUGAUAAAGAAGGGUGGAUAUGAUGCAGUUUCGGAAAAUGGUUUGUGGGGUUUGGUGGCCAAAGAGUCUGGAUUAUGCCUAAGCGUUGCCUCUGCUGUGAAACUGGUGUAUAUCAAGUAUUUAGAUCCGCUACAGAGGCUGUUAGAUGUCUUUGUUGAAAAUAAUAUCUCUAAGGGAAAAUUGAGUAACACUGCCUCAAAUUUGGAUGGUUUUCUUAUGGAUCUAGGGGGUGAGUUUAGGGAGUUCCUUUCCGAGAUUACUGGUUCAAAGAAAAAAGAUGAGGGAUCUCUGAAUUCAGGUACAGAGGUGGACUUAGAUGGAUGUGGUAAAAGUUCCCAUGACGAGGAAUAUAUACAUAUUGAUUCUAGGAAUAGUAUCAAGGAGUUUUUGGAAGCUACAAAACUGGGAAGUGAUGACGAGGUAAAGAGCACAGUAGUGGAUUCAGAUGGGGACAAGAAACGUCUUAUUGUUGGGGAAACUCCAUUUUCAGAUUCAUCAAAAAGUGGGUUCAAUUUGUCGGAUUUCAGUAAAGUACCCAAUGAAACGAAGAGUGUCGUGAAUGAGUCAGAUGGAAGUGAUGACGAUGUUGUGAUAUUGGAUUCAGAUGGGGACAAGAAAUGUCUUAUUGUUGGGGAAACUCCAUUUUCAGAUUCAUCAAAAAGUGGGUUCAAUUUGUCGAAUUUCAGUAAAGUAUCCAAUGAAACGAAGAGUGUGGUGAAUGACUCACAUGGAAGUGAUGACGAUGUUGUGAUAUUGGAUCCUGAUGACACAAAGGAAAAAAUCUUUGGUCGUAAGAGGAAGCGAAUAUCUCUUUGGCCGAUGCUGCAAUGGCUUAUUAGGGUUGCUAAGGAUCCAUGCGCUCCUGUUGUUGGUUCACUACCAGAAUGUUCAGGAUGGGAGUCAUAUGGUAAAGAGGAGUUAUGGAAGCAGGUGUUGUCUGCUCGAGAAGCAUUGUUUCUGAAAAUGACGCUUGAUUCCACUAUAGUUUCUACUAAUUGUGUUCGCACUUUGCAGAAAAAUCAAAAGAUGCAUCCUUCCUUGUAUGAUGAUCACAGUGGCUCAAAUUACAAUCUGCGAGACAGGUUAAGCUGUAGGAGGGAUCUUCCUUCUGGAAAAGCAUUGUCCAACACCCAACCUUAUUCACAAUCUUCCUCACCUGAUUUUGAUACAGGUCGGAGUUGUGGCAGUGCAAGGAUGGAAAAUCAUGGUGAAAAAGAGACAAAUAGAAGGAAAAAAUCCGUAUUUGACUAUACUGAAAUUGACCAAGUUCUUUUGGGUUCAAAUUUUCAAGUGGAAGUGCCAGAAUGGACUGGUGUGGCUUCUGAAAGUGACCCAAAAUGGUUGGGGACCCGAAUUUGGCCAUUAAAAGAAAAGCGGAUGAUUCUUAUUGAAAGGGAUCGAAUUGGUAAAGGAAGGUUAGGUUCAUGUGGUUGUCAAGUCCAAGAUUCCAUUGAGCGUGUCAGAUUUCACGUAGCUGAGAAAAGGCUGAGGGUGAAGCUUGAAUUGGGGUCGGCUUUCUAUGAUUGGAAUAUUGACAAGAUGGGUGAAACAGUUGCACUGUCUUGGACAAAGGAAGAAGAGAAGAAUUUCAAAGCAAUAGUGGGCUCAGAUCCUCCUAGUCAUUGCUUUCGAGACCAGGUGUUCGAGUCUUUUCGUAGGAAGAACAGGCAAUUCGUGGUUAGCUACUACUUCAAUGCCGUUCUUUUGCAGCGCAGAGCUCAUCAGAACAGGUUUACUCCAAAUUACAUUAACAGUGACGAGGAUGAAGCAGAAUCUGAAUCUGAAUCGAUAAGUGAUCCUAUUAAGAAUGGAACUAUCAAGAAACCAAGCUCACUCCUAUGUUCCCCAGGAAAAGCACAUAAGAAAUCAAGGCAUUGACCUGCUGGUUAUUAUACAGGAACCUCUUCUUUGAGAUAGAUAAAAAAAAAAAUUGCAUUUUUUGUGGUCUGCUCUUUUACUAUUUGCGAAAGAAUUUAUCCUUCUCGUGGUUUAUGAGCAGAGAAUGUUUUGGCCUUCGGAAUAGAAGCUUUGCUGGAGGUUGUCCGCUAUUUGUAUUAAGAGCACUUAUUGGAAUGCAGCUUUAACGCUGUUCAAGCACGUCGAGAUGCAGGCUCUUGGUUUCUGCCAUGUUCUUCCUCUUCAAUCUUCUUGAAUCCCAACAAUCCAAUAUCAUUGGCCUCUUUUGUGCAGUUCGCAGGGAUACUAAAUAUGUUCAAAGGGAUAGCAAAAAUGCUCUAGAAUUUAUUUUUUAAUUCUGUUUGAUCAUAGUUCAUGGACAUACUAUUACAAGGGUUUCUGAAAAUGGAAUGAAAUUUUUUUUUUGCUUGCUCACUUGCACUUAGAUCUGCACUAUUUGAAAGGAAAAAAUAAAAAAUGAUAUGUUCUGGAUCA